AUGGCACGCGAUCUACGACGACCCCACGCAGGCCACGGUGGGAUGGAAUUUUUGCGGGAUCAGCGCACGCAAUGGCCGGUGGGGCCCAAGUGGAUGAUCGGCCGGUUGCGGGCCGAGCCGGCCGUGCAGAAGGAGUUUACCGUCCGGCGCCAAGCCCGACGGCUGCACAUGCCGAAGGUGGCGCAGUAUCUGGAGCGCGUGGCGCGAUUUAAGGAGAAAUUAGCAGUGCUUGUUCACGUGGUAUCCGGCCAGCCGGCUCGCGCACCCGAGUUAUUAAGUAUUCAACAUGUGAAUACCGUGGCGAAUCGACAGCGCAAUAUCUAUAUCGAGGACGGGAUGGUGGCGUUGGUGACGGCGUACCACAAGGGGUUUUACGCGAGUAACGAUAUAAAGAUCAUUCAUCGAUUUGUGCCACGGGAGGUGGGUGAAUUAAUUGUGUGGUAUUUAUGGUUGGUAUUACCAUUUGUGCAGCAACUAAGCGCAUGGCAUGCGAAGCAGACGCAGGGCACCACGGCGCAGGGCAUGCACGCAACGCAGGGAACGCACGCAGUGCAGGGCACCACCACAGCGCAGGGCACGAACGCAACGCAGGGCACGCAGGGAAUACGCGCAGUACAGGGCACCACCACAGCGCAAAGCACCACCACAGCGCAAAGCACCACCACAGCGCAGGGCACCACGGUGCAGGGCGCUCACGCAACGCAGGGCACGUACACAUCGCAGGGCACGUACGCAGCGCAGGGCACCACGGCACAGGGCAUGGACGCAACGCAGGGCACGCACGCAACGCAGGGCACGUACACAUCGCAGGGCACGCACGCAGCGCAGGGCACGCACGCAGCGCAGGGCACCACAGCGCAGGGCACGCACGCAGCGCAGGGCACCACAGCGCAGGGCACGCACGCAGCGCAGAUCCGCGAAGAUGCGUUUUUAUGGGGCCCCGACCCCGGAACCCGGCGCAAAUGGACGUCCGAGCGGUUCCGGGAGGUGUUAAAGCGCGAAACCAAGACCCGGUUAAAAGAAGCCAUUAAUAUCCAGUGCAACAUGCAGGAGGAGAGAGACUUGGCGCAGGCUGUGUUAAACGCCGACACCGAGGAGGGUAUGGACGAGGAGCAGUGGUUAGGCCAUAUUGCAGACUUGCAGGCGGCGCAUUCAUCCCAAUUGGCGGGUGGAGUGUACGGCCGUGGUAUUAUGGAGCAGCCCGGGACCACGGCACAUCGCCGUGCAAUGUUUCGACUCUCCAGCACCGAUUGGCACCGGUUUUGGGGUUUGCAUCCGCCGCGGAGCCCAGCCCGUUGGGGAAGCGCAAAGAGAUCACCAUGGGAGGACGAAGCCGAGGAGGGCCGAGUGGUCCGACGUCACCGGUUAAAUAUCGCAGAUAUGCGCACCACGUUGCAGCACAUGACCGGGCAAGAGGAUAUCCAGUUCCGGGGCGUCAAGCACCGGCGUUGCGCGCCAUUCAGGACGGCAAGAGCCCGGUGGUCGCCAUUAUGCGCACCGGAGGGGAAAAAGCAUGUUGUUUAUGUUACCUGCAUUCGCCGAGCCCAGUGGUACUACCAUUGUGGUCGUGCCAUUAAUAUCAUUGCGGAACGAUAUGGUGCGGCGCUGUCGCGAGUUGGUCGACGGCCACCGGACGAAGCGACAAUUGUACUGGUCACACCGGAAUCCGCGGUGCAGGAGGAUUUUCAAACGUUUAUUAACCGGUUGCAGCAAACACGCCGGUUAGACCGGAUCGUGAUCGACGAAUGCCAUGUGAUAUUAAACGACCAAACGGAUUUCCGACCCGAGUUGCGACAGCUGGGGCGGUUGAACCACGCGCGAACCCAGAUGGUGUUAUUAACUGCCACGUUGCCGCCGCGGUUGGAGGCGAAGUUAUUCCGGCGCAUGGAGUAUUCCCGCGAGCAAGUCCAUAUAUUUCGGGACCGGACAAGCCGUCCCAACGUGGCGUAUCGCGUGUGGCGGCCCGAGCUGGGUCGGCGUUCCAUGCAGUGGUUUACCAGCGAGCCGGUGCUCGCGUUUAUCCGCGAGCGAAUCCAGCGCGCCAAGGAUGGCAAGGUGGUGGUAUACGGCCAUGUGGUCCGUCAGGUAGUGGAGAUUGCACGCGAGUUAGCGUGCGAGGCGUACUACAGCAAGCAGGUUGACAAGCCAUCUAUAUUACAGCGAUUUACCCGGGGCGAGGCGCGAGUAAUUACCGCCACCAGUGCAUUGGGCAUGGGUGUGGAUAUCCCCGAUAUUCGCAGUAUUAUCCAUAUUGGAACACCGCGGUCGUUGUUGGAGUACGGGCAGGAAAGUGGGCGAGCCGGACGGGAUAGCCAGCGCAGCGAGGCGAUUAUUAUCCAGCCCGAGGGCUGGGACGAGCCCACGCCGGAGACGCCAGAGGCCGUGGCGGAUCGCGAGUUGGUGGACGAGUACCUCGGGGUGGCGCCCGGGGUGGGAUGUCGACGGUUUGUAUUGGACGCGUACAUGGACGAAACAGUGAAUGGCUAUACGCGCCGAUACUGUCAGGAUAUUGAUUCCACCGAGGCACUCUGUGACGGCUGUGACGCCGAUUGGCUCGCGCAGGAGUCGGUUUGCAUGUCCCCGGACAGAUAUUCCCCGGACACCCGCAUGGACGAUCUCGCCAGCACGACAAGCCCACCACGCGAGAUUAGCGCUACGGGCAGUCCCCAUUCCCAUGGUAGUGGCGAAUUAUUUCCAUUAUCGCAUAUUAUACCACAGAGCACGCAGAAUAUCGCGCCAAAUCCCACACGCCGGUCCCAAUCCCAUGACAGUACAGAAUCAUUUGAAACUCAAAGCACGCAAAAUAUCGCCCCCAAUCCCACGCCCACGGUUAGUAUCGCCGAACGCCAGCGCCAACGGGUGCAAGACCAGCGCCAUGCAGCGCCCCGUAUUCAACACCAGGUGCAAGAUGCACGGCAGUGGUUGGACGAGGAAACUAUUGAAAACGAGAUAGCACCAUGGCAGAAAAAGUGCUAUAUUUGCACCAUUGCAGGACGGGAACGGAACGAACACGAGUUAUACUUUUGUCGUGGGCCCAAAAGCGACAAAGCCAAGGCAUGGGUUAAUCUAGUUCGCCAGUAUAAGAUUCCAUUCGCUAGAUAUACCGCUUGUUACCGCUGUUAUAUGCCGCAGACGAUCUGUCGACGAUGGGAGGUACUAGAUGGCCAUCCAACACAAACCGAGUGUGUAUAUAAGGAUAUAUUGGUCCCCAUGACAGCUGUAAUACUGUACGGCCCGUGGGAGGAGCAGAUCCAGCCACUAUGGCAGCGCCGGUUGCAGCAGCACACGGGGUGGACGCAAACAACACCAUGCAAGUGUUGCAGUUUUGGGGCAGGCCACGGAGGGAGCCAAAGGCCAGCACAGCCAGUUAUUCGCAUUAUUUUGCUGGCUAUGGCAGAUCUGCAAAAGAAUUGGAGGGAUCCACGGGGUUUGUGGUAUAACUAG